AUAAGCGACCUGGGAGCUGAAAACUACAACUCCCAGGAUUCCGUUACAUUAAUGUAUCCGGCCUCUGUGCUGUCACUUUACAAUAACAGACAUGGCGGCGUGCAGCAGUGCAGAAGCAAAAUAUGAAACUGACAGAAACAUACCGACAUACGAAGUUAGAGAUAUAAACAGUAAUGUUAUUCACGUCGGCUCAAUUGCAGGAUUAUGGAGAGAAAGGCUGGACAGGAAAUAUUUUUCUUUUCACGACAGAGAGAUCGACAAAUCUACAGAAGAGGAUGCUGCGUUUGGAGAAGAGAUGGGCAUUUCUGCAGAAACAACGGAUGAAAUCAAAAUGAUUUGCAGCCUGGACACACUGAAGUGCAAUUCAGAAGAAGAGACUCCUGAUCUGGAGUUGAUACCAGAUGAUACAAGUCUGGCUUCUUUAAAAAAGAGGAAAAAGAGACUGGAUUAUCGGGAAGAAACUCUUAUUAUAGAUCGGAUCUGCAGGAAUGAAACCUACGCCAAUGAGGUGCAUUGUCUAGGAUUAGACAAGACACCUGCGGACCCAGAGGAUCAGGUGGAGGAGGGGGAGAUCAUCCUAACUAUGAACAUCCUGUAUCCGAUCAUAUCACACCAGUACAAGGAGAGCAAACCCCUUCAGACGAUACAGGUUCUGGGCAGUCAGAAACUGACACAGCUAAGGGAUGCUCUCUGCUGUGUGAGCGACCUUCAGAUUAGUGGAGAGUUCAGCAACACCCCCGACUUAGCUGUGGAGCAUGUCAGCAAGGAUCACUUUAAGUCGGCUUAUUUUUACUUUGAGGGCGUGAUCUACAAUGAUAUGAGAUACCCUGAGUGCAAAGACCUUAGCAAGACCAUCUUGGAGUGGGUAGAAUCCCGUGAGAGAGGCUAUGACCGCUUCCAGACAGCUAAAAUGGAAGACACAACAUUCAAUGAUUUGCGUAUAAAAAUUGGGUAUCCUUACCUGUACUGUCAUCAAGGAGACUGCGAACAUGUUGUGAUUAUAACAGACAUCAGAAUUAUACAUCAGGAUGAUUGCCUUGAUAAAACAGCCUACCCACUUUUGAGGAAAAAGCAUUGGAUUUUGAGCCGGAAAUGUGCAGUAUGCAAAAUGUACAUCGCAAGGUGGGUGACCAAUGACGACUGCUUCGCUCCAGCAGAUCCCUGCUAUUUCUGCGACUUGUGCUUCAGAAUGCUGCACUACGACAGUGAUGGCAAUAAACUAGGAGAGUUCCUUGCAUAUCCUUAUGUGGAUCCGGGAAUAUUCAACUAAUGCAUCUGCUGACUUCAGAAUGUUACCGAAAGACUAAUCCAGCCAUAUCCCAGAUCCACUGUGGGGAAACAUAUAAGGCAGCGUUCCCACUAAACUCAUUUACCUGUAUUUUUAAGCAGUGCUAGAAUAAAGAGAUGUACCAGAUACUGUGAAGAGCUUAAGUCCUGUGUUAUACUGAAAGACUGGUGAUGUGCAACAAGUCAUUUUCCAAAGCUUUACACACAUUACUUUGUUGUGAUGGGGAAAUAGUUAAAUAAGUCUUAUGACAACAUUGUACCUAAACUUUAAUAUAAAUCUGUUGUGGGUUUGUUCUGUAACAGAGCACUUUUGUAGACUUAAUGCUUCAGCAAUGAGUAAUCCUGACACAAAAGAACUAGCCAAAAUGGCUUAGUGUUCAGUCAGCCAAGGACUGUGCUGAUGCACUGUAACCCCCCCCCCCCCC